AUGGCUGCUAACACCAAAUACCAACCCGCUUCUCAGCGCGACUCGUUCGACGAGCCAUCCUACUCUCAAGCGCCACCGUCAUACCAGGCCGAGGCCAGUGAUCCUAUGCUUGGGGCCCCACGAGGCGAAGAUGAUAAUGUUCCUGAUGACUUCAAGUUUGGUGGUUCUGUCGCUGAAGCCACCCUUCCCAUCCGCAUGCAGUUUGUCCGCAAAGUCUACGCUAUCCUGACUGCCCAAAUCCUUGCCACUAUGGCCGUCAGCUCCGUCUCCUACUUCAGCCCAUCUUACUACGACUGGAUCCGGUCAAAUCAGUGGAUGAUGUGGGUCUCGCUCUUCGGCGCCAUUGGAUUCAUGCUCUUGACGUUCUGGAAACGCAAAUCCUACCCUAUGAAUCUCCUCUUCCUCAGUGGCUUCACACUCUUGGAAGCCUACUCCAUAUCGGUUAUUGUGACCUUUUACGACUCCCAGAUUGUCCUUUUGGCUCUCGUACUGACGGCUGGCAUCUUUGUUGCUCUGACUCUGUUCGCUUGCCAGACAAAGUACGACUUCACAAAUUGGAUGCCUUACUUGUUCGGAGGUCUAUGGGUACUUAUCCUUUUUGGAUUCGUGGCAGCCUUCUUUCCCUACAAUAGCACUGCCGAGCUUAUCUACGGAUCAGUGGCAGCCCUCAUAUUCAGUGGAUAUAUCUUGGUGGAUACCCAGCUUAUCAUGCGCCACUAUCACGUUGAGGAAGAGAUUGCUGCGGCUAUCUCUCUUUACCUGGACAUCAUCAACUUGUUCCUUGCCAUCCUCAGGAUACUCAACAGCCAGCAGAACAACUAG